UAGUUGAUGCCGAUGCCGAUGCCAGCCAGUUGGGACGAAUCUCUCCUCCUCUCACGAGUCUGUCUGUGUCUCUCUCUAGCAGCCUCUCAUCAAAUCUCCUUCCUUUCCUUUCCUUUGUAGUUUGUAGUAGUAGAGUAUUGUAUUAUACUAUUCUUUUCUGGAAUCCAAACAUAACAGAGGAGCCCCCCUUCCCCUUCCCCUUCCCCUCCGCAGCACAGCACAGCACAUCACAUCACAUCUCUUUCGCUUCACUUGUAUUACCACAUUUCCUUGAUUGAUAAUUCUUUUCUUUCUUUCCUUCUUUCUUUAUUUCUUCUCCUUCUUCUGUACACAAGGCAAGGCAAGGAAGGGAUUUGGUGGGGAGUUAUAGAUCCUUUUGCCGGCGCGUUAUCUUUGCCACCAACAAGGCAAGGCCACGUCUCCUCCUCCUCCUCUCCUCUCCUGUCACUGAUCUGAUGAUUAGUUAGUUUACAGACGGAAGACCCUCACACAUGGCCAGAUGACAUAAAUAAACGACUGAUGAACCAAAUAAGGAUGCUGCAUAUCGCCUCUGCCUGCCACUGCCACUGCCAGUCCAAGCUCUGAUAUAGAUAUACUCAAUAAGUAAUUCUCAGCCAGCCAGCAAGCCCUGUGUGUGUAUGUAUGUAUGUAUGCUCUAGCUAUGAGCUUCACUUCAUGAUUGCUUGCUUGCUGUGCUGUGCUGUGCUGUGCGGUCGGUCCAAGUCCAACGAUGAGCUGUUGAAGACAAGUGGCUCCCCGGCCGCCUCUCUCCUUCCAAUUGCAGAAGAAGUACAACUACCUAUUAGAUCCCAUCCAUCAAUGCUGGAAUGGGGAUGCCCCGAUCUGAAAAUGUUUUGGUGCCAGACCCACUGGAUCUCUUCUUCUCCCAAACACUGGAUUUGUGCAUAAUCUGAAUGAAGUUUCUGUUCCAUGGUCCAUGCGUCGUCGCGUGAUAUUCAGCCCUUUUCACAUCCACAAACAAAACAAAACAAACCUGUAGCUGAGGUGAGGUGCGGUGGAUCCCAGUCCACAAACAAAUGGCGACGACUCUUGCAGCAAUUUUAGGAGGUGCUGCAGGAGGAGCCGUGGCAUUGGUGGGGAUGAUUAUAUUAGUGAUCUGGUGUCGUCGCUCUUUUCACGUGCCAGUCCAGUCCAGUCCCGCUGCAUAGUGCAUAUGACUGACUGACGGUGAGAGCAUUGAAUUGAAUGUUGUGGUGCAGUUGGGAGGAUUGAAUUUACUGUCCGGGAUGCCAGGAGAUUUGAGAUGAAUGAACUGUCAUUAGCCACAAAAAAUUUCAGCGACAAGAGUUUGAUAGGGCAAGGAAAAUUUGGGGAGGUGUACAAAGGAUUGCUUCAUGAUGGGAUGCUGGUAGCAAUUAAAAAACGACCUGGCAACCCCUCUCAGGACUUUCUUGAUGAGGUCCGGUAUCUUUCAUCUAUUCAACACCGAAAUCUGGUCACACUUUUAGGUUGUUGCCAGGAAAAUGAUGUACAGAUUCUUGUCUAUGAGUACAUUCCUAAUGGAAGUGUUUCUUUUCACUUGUAUGGUGCAGGUCAGGUUUCACAGGAAAAGCUUGAAUUCAAGCACAGGCUUUCAAUAGCUCUUGGGGCAGCUAAAGGUUUAGCUCAUCUCCACUCCCUCACUCCUAGGUUGAUACACAAGGAUUUCAAAACAGCAAAUGUUCUUGUAGAUGAGAAUUUCAUAGCUAAAGUUGCAGAUGCUGGGUUGCGCAAUUUUCUUGGAAGAUUUGAUUUUGCAGGUUCAUCUUCUCAAGUGGCAGGAGAUGAGACUUUCCUUGCUCCAGAGGUCAGUGAAUUCAGACGAUUUUCAGACAAAAGUGAUGUUUACAGUUUUGGGAUAUUUCUCUUGGAGUUAGCUAGUGGGCAGGAAGCAAGAGCCUUGCUGUCUUCAGAUCAUCAGAAUCCAAUAGAAUGGGUGCAAAACCUUGAGGAUUCUGGCAGCAUAUCUUCUAUAAUCGAUAAGAGAUUGGGCAAUAGUUAUACAAGGGAAGGAAUGGAUGAGUUGAUAGAGCUGAUAGUGCACUGCGUCAACCCGUCCAGUGAGAGGCGCCCCGCCAUGACCUAUGUGGUAACUGAACUGGAUCGGAUUCUUGAGAAAGAAAUGAGCCUCACAACAAUCAUGGGAGAAGGAACUCCAGUUGUGACCCUGGGAAGCAAGCUUUUUAUGGCUUCUAAAUGACACACUCAGUCUCUGUGUGCCUUGCCUUAUAUUGUUUUUACCACCAUACUAAAAACACUUAUCCCCCUCCAACUGUUUGACAAUUGUAUAAACUACAGUUGGAUUAUUUUAUUUUUUAUUUUUUCAUAUCCUUAAAAACUUGUCAAUUAAUGUGCCUAUAAAACCUUACUAGUCCCUUUUUGUUAUUGUAUCAUUCUUUCAACCA